UGCAACUUUUGUUUGACUCUACUCUAUUUUUUUUUUUUUUUUUUUUGUUAAUUCCUGACAAGAUUGUAUUUGUUUCAUUUUUAUAUAAAAGUGAGAGAAAUAUGCACUGUUUGAACCUGAAUUUUCCCUGAGUGAUCGGGCUGCUGCAAGUCAGCGCGCAGGGUGUAAUAGAUGAGAGCAGAGAAGGCCUCCUCAUCCCUGCCUCCCUGCAGAUUAUGAUGUCACUGGAGUGGGAAUAGAAUCCCGCCUUCAGGGAUCACACUCAGGAUUAAGUGUAUGAAGGUAGUGGUGUGACAGCGAGGGCUCCUCAGUGGAUCAUCUCUCAGUGCAGCGUAACUUUCAGACAGACUCAGAACUCUGCGCUUCCUGGCAAGCAUUAACCCGGGUCACUGAAAUGAAGGUGAAAUGGACCAUGCUGGGUAUGGUGGUCUUCUUCCUGCUGUCUGUGGUCAUGACCUUCUGCUUCAUAUGGCAGUAUCGGAUGCCCAAACUCAAGACAGAACCAGUUGAGAAGCAGGUCGUGGUAGAGGAGAUGUGUCCUUACUUCCCGGAGCCAGUGCCUCUCAAACACCCCAUCACCUCACUGAGGGUGGCUUUGGAGAAGAUUGACCUCCUGCUGAGGACGAGUGCCAACAACAAGAACCUGCCGGCGUUGUCUGCCAUCGUGGUUUUAAACGACUCUAUCCUCUGGAAUGAACAUUUUGGCAGGUUGAACAUGAGUGACCCGACUUCCCCGCCCCCCAAUGAGUACACAGUGUACAGGAUUGCCAGCCUGUCCAAGAUCUUCCCCACUCUGAUGCUCUACAAGCUGUGGGAGGACGGGCUGGUGGACUCCCUGGACGACCCGCUCGACAAGUACGCUCGCAAUUUCACCAUCAAGAAUCCGCUGGGCUCCAGUGGCUCUACAGCCAGGAUGUCCAAAAGUGGCUCCCCAGCGUUGACCCUACGGCGGAUGGCCAGCCAUCUCUCUGGGUUGCCCAGAAGAUUAAGGUCAACUAAUCUUCUUUGGAAUGGAGACACACAGGCAGCGCUUGAGUUGCUGGAGGAUGAUAUCCUCGUGGCAGAUCCUGGCACCAGAUGCCACUACAGCAACGUCGCCUUCUCGCUGCUGGCUAACGUCUUAGCCCAGAGAGCAGGGGCUACAGACUUUGAGCGGUGGGUCAGUGCCAAUAUCUUGGAAAAGCUCGGCAUGGAUGAGACGGGAUUUAACAUCACGCCGACCGUCCAGAGACGGAUGGCGGUGGGUGUCUACAACAACGGCCAGCAGGCGCCACUCUACAACCUGGGCUGGUAUCGACCGGCAGGUCAGAUGUAUUCCACGGCUGCCGACAUGGCUAAGUUAGCAAUGGCUUUGUUAGGGGCACACGGCAGCCCCUUGCUCCACCAGAGCACCCUGAACACCAUGAUGACGCCACUACUGAAAUGCCAGGCGGGCUACUUUGCCAACGCCACCGGAACACCCUGGGAAAUCAACGAGCAGCACGGCUACGAUGUGGUACGAAAGGACGGGGACCUGGAUGGAUACGCAGCCAGCCUGUCCCUCGUACCGAGACUCAAACUGGGACUGGUGAUCCUCAUGGCUGGCAUCCGACCAGCAGACCAGGAUCUUGUAAGGCAGUCCUAUCAGGACCUCAUCCCCGCUGUGGCCAAUGCUUUCAGAGAAGCCCAUCAAACGCUACGCCCUCCACCAGACCCACAACCAUACAAGGGCUUCUACACUUACAGGAAUAUGACUUUCUAUGAAAUCAAAGAGGGAUCCGACGGGGUUCUCGUCUUGCAGCAGUUCGGGCCGCAGGUGGACAAAACAGUGCCACCGAAAUACCGGACCAUUCGACUGGACUACCUGCAGGAAAGAGUGUUCCGAUUGGUCUUUGAGAGUCCGUACCCUUGCAAGUUGAAGAUCAACAGUGCCUCGGUGUCCCUGGAGACGCAGGACAAACAACUCUUUAAUUUCUACCAGUUUAACAAGAAAGGCUUAUCGCCUGGCUUUGAUUCUCCGGGACUGAACACAUACAAGGUAGUGAGGUUAGCCGGGCAGCCGUUUUUCACUUCAGUCAAAGCAUGAUCGGUGGGAGCGUGACCCCGGCCAAAGACGUCUCGUAUGGCUCUCAUUUUGGUCACUCUGAUUCUGAAAGGGAUGUAAACUUCACUUUUAUAUUGCCAGGCACGAGUUUGCCUUCAACCACCGGAACAAAUCCUCUCCAUUGAAUGUAUACAGUUUGUCCGUGUCCUCGUCUCGGAGUGCCUUCUGUGUGUUGGCGAAUUCAACUGUCCAGAUGUCAAUAAAUAGUUGGAUGCUGUUCAA